AUGAAAAUCUCAGUCAUACUUUUUAUGGUCACAUUGUGGUCAUUGGUACUUGGUGGUCUCACAAAUAAUGAAUUGUUGAAAAUUGUUAAAAAUAGAAGGAAUAAGGUAUUAGAAUUAAAUGAUGAAAAUUUUGAAAACAUAUUGAAUGGUCAGAGAGAUUAUCAUUUGAUUGCAUUAUUAACAUCAGAGGCCCCUAAUCUUAAUUGUGUUUUAUGUCGUGAAUUGGCCCCUGAAUAUUCCGUUGUUGCCAAUUCUUGGUUUCAAGAUCAUCCAAAUGGUGUAGCUGAAGUUGAAUUGACUGAACAAGAAGAAAAAGACGGGAAGAAACAACCCAAAAACAUUUAUUUCUUCAAAUCUGAAUUUAAAGAUUCUAGAAAGUUGUUUUCAAUAUUGCAGUUACAGAAUAUUCCUAAAAUGUUUUAUUUUCCACCUACAAAACAUUUAGGACCAAAUAAUUACUUGAAAGAGAAAGUGGAAUAUCAGUUUUUCCAAGGUGAUCACAAAGAAUUGUUGAAAAAUUGGUUAAUUGAAGUAACUGACCACAGAUUCAACUUGUACAUCCCUGUUAAUAAGACUAAAAUUGCAAUCAAUGCCAUUGGAACAUUUAUAACAGUGUUAUUGUUAAGGGUUUUCUCAAAACAGGUUAUUCAAGUAAUUACUUCAAGAGUUAUUUGGUGCGCCGGUUCAAUAAUUAGUGUAAUAUUAUUUACUACUGGAUACAUGUUUAAUCAAAUCAGGGGAACUCCAUAUGUUAUGGAACAUCGUGACGGCAGAACAGAAUACUUUGCCCCAGGACAACAAGCACAAUUUGGAGUGGAAACGCAAAUAAUGUCGUUUUUGUAUGGGUUUUUGAGUAUUUUGGUAAUUGUUUUAGUCAAGCGUGCACCGGAAGUUAAAAACCAAUCAGCUAAUUUGAUCCUUGUUGCAACUGUUAGUUCGUUGAUCUUUGUUCUAUUCAGUUUGCUUUUAUCCAUUUUUGGUGUUAAAGGUCUUGGAUUCCCGUAUAGAUUUAUCAAUUUCUUUUAA